AUGGCAUAUGCCUAUCUCUUCAAGUACGUCAUCAUCGAUGAUAGGGGUGUUGAGUUUGGUGCUCGAAUGGUAACAAUUGAUGGAAAACAGAUAAAACUUCAGAUAUGGGAUACAGCUGGGCAAGAGUCCUUUUGUUCCAUCACAAGGUCGAAUUACAGAGGUACAGCCGGUGCUCUACUAGUAGAUGAUAUUACAAGGAGAGAGACAUUCAACUACUUGACAUCCUGGUUAGAAGAUGCCCGUCAGCAUUCCAAUUCCAACAUGGUCAUUAUGCUUAUUGGAAAUAAAAGUGAUUUAGAAUCUAGAAGAGAAGUGAAAAAAGAAGAAAGUGAAGCUUUCACACAAAAGCACGGACUUAUCUUCAUGGAAACUUCUGCUAAGACUGCUUCCAAUGUAGAAGAGGCAUUUAUUAAUACAGCAAAAGAAAUUGAUGAAAAAAUUCAAGAAGGAGUCUUUAACAUUAAUAAUGAGGCAAAUGGCACUAACUUUGGACCUCAGCAUGCAGCUACUGAUGCCACACAUGCAGGCAAUCACGGAGGACACCAGUUUUCUGUAGAAAGACAGGUUUGA